UCGGUCGGAUUCCUACUUCUGAUUGUUUUCUAUUUUUGUACACAUCCAGCCCGGUUCUGGUUCUGGUUCUGGUUCUGGUUCUGAUAGGAUGCACGCUUUGUUUGGAUUGUACUGAAUCUGCUCGGCUGCUUGCUGGGGGGGUUAAAGCGAAAGCUUGUGUGUGUUUUUUUUCUCACGGUGACGGAUAAGCGACGCAGGGAUUUUUUUUUUGGUUGGUCGGAUCCUGCCCCGUUUGUUGGCUGGUCGAUCUUUAAAUCUAAAUCCACUCCAUUAGCGUUCAUUCCGUAACGUAGCGUUUGUGAGGAGAGCUUGGCGGAAGAUGGGCUGUUUGGGCAACAGCAAGACCGAAGACCAGCGCAUUGACGAGAAGGCACAACGAGAGGCGAAUAAAAAGAUCGAGAAACAGUUGCAGAAGGAAAGACAGGCGUAUAAAGCUACACACCGGCUGCUUUUAUUAGGGGCUGGAGAAUCCGGAAAGAGCACGAUUGUCAAGCAGAUGAGGAUCUUGCACGUCAAUGGCUUUAAUGCAGAAGAAAAAAAGCAGAAAAUAUUGGAUAUCCGAAAAAACGUCAAGGACGCCAUUGUGACAAUAGUAUCGGCCAUGAGCACAUUAAUACCCCCGGUGCCGAUUGCCAACCCGGAUAACCAGUUCCGAGCAGACUAUAUAAAGAGUAUAGCACCGCUCUCAGACUUCGACUACACAGAGGAGUUCUUCGAGCAUGCUAAACAGCUUUGGGAUGAUGAGGGCGUGAAGGCCUGCUUUGAACGGUCCAAUGAGUACCAGCUUAUCGACUGCGCCCAAUACUUCCUGGACAGAAUCGAUUCAGUACGACAGAAUGACUACACACCAACAGACCAGGAUUUGCUUAGGUGCCGAGUUUUGACUUCAGGGAUUUUCGAAACAAGAUUUCAAGUAGACAAAGUCAACUUUCACAUGUUUGAUGUGGGUGGUCAGAGAGACGAGAGAAGGAAAUGGAUCCAGUGCUUUAAUGAUGUGACAGCUAUAAUCUUCGUGGCAGCCAGCAGCAGCUACAACAUGGUGAUCCGAGAGGAUAAUAGUACUAACCGCCUGCGCGAGUCUCUAGAUCUGUUCCGCAGUAUCUGGAAUAACAGGUUUUUACGGACGAUCUCGGUGAUCCUCUUCCUUAACAAACAGGACAUGCUGGCAGAGAAGAUUCUGGCUGGGAAAUCCAAACUUGAAGAUUACUUCCCUGAGUAUACUCGCUACACCGUCCCACCUGAUGUGACCCCUGAUGCCGGGGAAGACCCGAAAGUGACCAGAGCCAAGUUCUUCAUCCGGGAUGAAUUUUUGAGGAUCAGCACAGCGAGUGGUUCGGACAAACACUACUGCUACCCGCACUUCACCUGCGCCGUGGACACGGAGAACAUCCGGCGCGUCUUCAACGACUGUCGCGACAUCAUCCAGAGGAUGCACCUCCGCCAGUACGAGCUCUUGUGAUCGGCUGCUUCGAUCGGUCGCCUCUCCAAUCAGAUCACUUCUUUUCCACUCCCAGAUCGCAGCAGGACUAUGUGAACUACUGACAAGUGACAAUGUUGUCAUGUGAUUAUUUUGUUCUUCUCUUUUCAUGCUUCUUUCCCUCCAUUUCAUGUCUUUAUUUAUAGCCCGAGUCGAUUUCGAAGACGAGAUAUGCGAGUGAGAGACGCGAGUGUGUGAGUGUGAGAGAGAUAGAGAGCGAUUUCUCGUUCCAUUCUUUUUGAUUUCGAAUUUCUGCUAGCUGUGGUUGGACGUGGACCAGCCAGUCUAAUGGAAAUCUGUGGUAACUUCAGGCUGGGGAGCCUGAGCUUCGACCUUUGCGUUCUCGGGAAGGUCUUUUAGGAGUACUUGACAUAGGGGUGGAUAAUGCACUUUUGCAUCAGGUUCCUAAAAUAAAGGCCAGGAAGCGUAAUUCAUUAUGUAGCACCGCCAUAUUUAUUGUCACUUUUCUCUUAGUAUGUUUUUUUAUAUUGUGUUUGCCUUUCUUUAAUCCGUUUUUUUCAGUCGAGAGUGCAGGGUUGCAGGGUUCGGAACCGUUUAAUGAGCACAGGUUUAGACGUAGAAGUGGUGGAUUGUGGGACUUGAAGUCCUUGCACCUCUUGGCCGAUGGGCAGUCGCCACUUUCUGCCUGUGAACGAGUGGCCAAUCGAUAACCGAUACCUCUCAGCUUAGAGGGGGUCUCGAUGGGCGAUAGUAUAUAAAUAUAUAUAAAUAUAUACAUAAUAUAUUUUCGGGAGGG